AUGAAGUCGUUUGCUUGUGUUGCGGCUGUUCUCGGCGCCGCAAGUGCCGUUGCGGCCGUCAGCAUCGCCGAAAUCAACGGCAACCGGUUCCUGUCGUCGUUCAAGGACCAGAACGUCACGGGGGUGACGGGCCUGGUGACGGCUGUUGCGUCCAACGGCAUCUACUUGCGCUCGACGGAGCCGGAUGACGACCCGGCCACGUCUGAGGGCUUGUUUGUGUUUGGCAGCGCGGUUGGGAAGCAGGUCCAGAAGGGGGAUGUCAUUACCCUCGGCGGACUGGUCCAGGAGUAUCGCUCCAACAACAACUACAUUUACCUCACCGAACUUACCAAGCCCGCCAACAUUGUUGUCGUCUCGUCCGGCAACCAGGUCAAGCCGCUCGUCAUCGGCGUCGACACCCUGCAGCCUCCCAACAAGGAGUAUUCCAGUCUUGACAAGGGCGGCGUCUUUGGCGUCCCCAAUGCCGUCACCACCAUCACCGCCUCGAACCCCGUGCUGGACCCCACGGCCUAUGGCUUGGACUUUUGGGAGAGUCUGGUCGGCGAGCUGGUCACCAUCCAGAGCGCCCAUCUUGUCAGUCGCCCGAACCAGUAUGGCGACGUGUGGGUGAGAGGCAACUACACUGUCACGGGCAUCAACGGCCAUGGCGGCCUGACUAUGCUCGACGGAGGUGAGUCCCUUUUCUUCACCUUGAUCCGCUCCUCCUCGUGUGAAGAAACCGCGACAGCAGCAAUGGACAUGGCGCUGACGAGACAAAAAACCAACCAUGUAGAUGCCAACCCGGAAGCCAUCGUCGUUGGAAGCCCCCUCGACGGCUCCAAGAACCCAACCGACACCAAAAUGGGCGACUACAUCGGCGACGUCACGGGCGUCGUCUACAACGCCUUCGGCACAUACCGCGUGCUCCCGCUGACCGCCGUCAAGACCAUCACGCCCUCGUCGCCAGACUACCCUGCCACGUCGCUCGCCAGCAGCGCCCACUGCAGCGGCCUCACCGUCGCCGACUACAACGCCGAGAACCUGGCCCCCAACUCGACGCACCUGCCCAGCGUCGUCUCCCAGAUCGUCACCAAGCUGCGCACCCCGGACCUCAUCUUCCUCCAGGAGGUCCAGGACAACUCGGGCCCCGUCGACGACGGCGUCACCUCGGCCAACCUCACCCUGUCGACCCUGACGCAGGGCAUCGAAAAGACCUCGGGCGUCAGGUACGACUUCGUCGAGGUGGCCCCCGUCGACGGCCAGGACGGCGGCCAGCCGGGCGGCAACAUUCGCUGCGCGUACCUGUACCGCCCGGACGCCGUCGAGCUGUACAAGCCCAACCCCGGGGGCAGCAACGACGAGAACGCCGUCGUCGACGGCCCGUCCAUCAAGUACAACCCCGGCCGCAUCGGACAGUCCGACGCCAACUUCGAGGCCACCCGGAAGCCGCUCGUCGCCAUGUGGAAGCCCGUCAAGGGCCCCGACAAGGUCUUCUUCACCAUCAACGUCCACUUCAGCAGCAAGGGCGGCUCGACUGGCUUGCAUGGCGACCCGCGGCCCCCCGUCAAUAAGGGCGUGGAGAAGAGGACCGGACAAAUGGAACUAACUGCUAACUUCAUCGCCCAGAUCCUCGCCCAAGACCCCAAGGCUCGCAUCAUCACCGCCGGCGACUUCAACGAGUUUACGCAAGUCCAGCCCGUGACGACCUUUGCCUCCAAGUCGGGCCUGCUUGACGCCGACGAGGUCGCCGGUCUUGCCGCGGUCGAGCGCUACACGUAUCUGUUUGACCAGAACAGCGAGGCCCUGGACCACAUGUACAUUAGCAGGGGGCUGGCCAAGAAUGCCCAGGUCGAGCACCUGCACUUGAACACUUGGCAGAACUAUGACGGCCAGACGAGUGACCACGACCCGAGCGUGGCCAAGUUGAACUUUUGCGCGUGCUAG